UUGCGUCAUUUCUCUGACGUUUUCUAGUUUUGCGAACAUUUCCUCAAUCUUCACUUGGAUUAAACAGCAUGUGUUGUUGUUCAGUGUACUGUACUGCGUAGCAUAUAUUCGUACAUUUUGAUUUCCUUCAGUUUAUCGGUAUCUUCAGUAAAUGACACCUUAAUAUAUUUAGCUUUUAUUUUCUAAAUCACGUUCUCUUCUGUAGUUAAACGAGGAUACUAACAAUCUCAGAGGAUAACAGUGAGAUGUUGCCCGUAAAUAUGGCAUCAAAGUUAAGUAGCAGUAUAAACCAUGAGGAGAUUCCAGUAACAGCUUUAAACUGCAAUUUCCGAAAGAAACUGGGACUGUAUUUGAAUCCUCAAAACACAGUGGCAGCAGACUGGAGGACAGUCGCCGAAAUGAUGGACUAUACCUACCUGGAGAUCAAAAAUUUCGAGAAAAGAGACUAUCCCUUCGAAAAGGUUUUAACGGAGUGGGAAACUCGUCCAGAGGCCACAGUAGGAAAUUUACUGUCGAUUUUAGAAAAAGCGGAAAGGAAAGAUGUUAUAUCAGAUCUCAAAGAGAUUAUAGAUGAUGACUGCAGGAAGUAUUUGGAAAGACAACUGAGGAAGCCCGUCCAGGUUCCAGUGGUGGACAGCUGCGGGCCCCGCACAAAGGAGCGAGAAGGAAUCACGCUGUAUGAUGAUCCACAAGGACUAACACCGGAGACCUUUGAUGCCUUCAUCUGCUAUUGUCAGAAUGACUUCCAGUUUGUCCAUGAGAUGAUCAAACAGUUGGAACAGACUGAAUACAACCUGAGGCUGUGUGUAUUUGACCGAGACGUCCUUCCUGGCACGUGUGUGUGGACCAUCGCCAGUGAGCUCAUAGAAAAAAGGUGUAAGAGGAUGGUGGUGGUGAUUUCCGAUGACUAUCUGGACAGUGAUGCCUGUGACUUUCAGACUAAGUUUGCACUCAGCCUUUGCCCAGGAGCUCGCUCUAAACGCCUAAUCCCUGUUGUCUACAAAACAAUGAAGAAGCCUUUUCCCAGCAUUCUCCGUUUUCUGACCAUCUGUGAUUACACCAGACCCUGCACACAGGUUUGGUUCUGGACCCGACUGGGCAAGGCGCUCUCACUCCCCUGAACUUUUCUGUAGAAACCAGUAAAGGUUUACUAUACAGUCAUCACCAGGUAAAGCACACUAUUCUCUAUGGAGGAUGAAGGGAAAAUCCCUUCUGUGAUUUUUGCUCGCUUGGAGAGUUUCUCAGACUCAGUGGUGAGUCCAGCUUAUGAACAUUUU